CCAGGCAAUCCACUGAUACCGUCCGCAGCUCAGGCUCAGUGCUGCGCCAGCCUCAUCAUUAAAUCCUUCCCGUAAUAACAACUUACGUAUAUGCCGUCGUGGACUUCUUCCAUACGAGCACUUGCCUAAACAUGCGAAAUUUAGGUGCCUAGAUAGGCACCAGGAUAAUGUUGUCCACCUUCAACUGCCAUUUCCAAGGAUUGCUUCCUGUAAAUGACCUGUGCGCAGCUCCAUUCUUGGCACGAUGAGCGCCCCAGAGAAACGGCGGGGGAAUUCCCAUGCAAUACGCUCUUCAGCCUCAUCGCGAAGCAGCAGUAUAAUAUCUCCUCCUCCUCGCGUACAACUUACUCGUACAGCUUCUACGUCUUCUUCGCCUAGCCAGGAUAACACUAGCACUCAUGAUACCAUUAGUUCGGGCAGCAAAGACAACGGUGCGAUGCUAGUGACUAAAGAAAAAGAGAGCGUCUUACUUAAGGAGAAAGAUGACAAAAUCGCUGAACUGAAACUAGAACUUACAGUCAUGGAAGCUGAAUUUACUCGGGAAUUAGAUAGGCUCUCUCAAAAAGAGGGCGAGACAGCUAGUUUCUGGCAGGCUAAACACACAAGCUUAAAUCAACAGCUUUCACGGAUCGAUACGGAGCUCCGAUUACUACGUGCCGAAGUUGACGUGAGGGAAGCUGAACGAGCCGAGCUGCGUGAAGGAUGGGAAGUUCUACGAAGGCAACUUAAGGAGCGAGACGAUGAAAUACGAUCUUUGAAGGGUCAUAUUGCCGGACUCAAGCAAUGGGUCAGCACCAGUACGACUAAAGGUGAUCAAACGAGUGAUGAAGAAUUCGGAGAUUCCAUGACAAAGCUAGGCAACGGCUUGCAGAAUUGGGUCAUUGUGCAUUUUAGGCGAGCGAAACUUGAUUUUACGCACGUCGAUGAAGCAGUACUACACGACCUUGGCGAACUUGUUCCCAUGUACGAGCAGCUCGCAGCGUCAGCCAAGGUGCAUCUUCUGCAGAGUGCGGUAUCCAGCAUCUUGGUGGAGACCAUCUUCAACGCCUACUUUGUUGGUCUCCCCAAAGAUCAAGCUGAUCAAUUGGCCCAGAUUGAGAAAUACUUCGCGUCCCUAAGUUCGGUCGAAUCAGUUAACCAAUGGCGUGCGAUGACACUCACAAUGCUUCGAAAGGAGGCCACUCCACGAUUACAGGAAGAAACAGCAUUGGUAACCGAAUCCGUCAUCUCGAAGAUCAAUCACAUUCUCGAUUCGAUCACAGAUGCCAACGCGACAGAUGCGCGGGAUCAUGCACUUCGCGCGCUGGUGCAUAACUCGGUUGAGCUAGCACGCUUAUUGGUCGUUCAGAAGGCUACCUUUAAAGUCCACAUGCCUAAGAUACUCCCCCACCAACAAAUUUUGUUUGAGAAGGCGACUAUGGAGGACAUCGGAGCCGAGGACGAGGAGAGCUUGACAGGGCGCGAGAUAUGCUGCGUAACAUUCCCAGGGGUCAUAAAAACCGGGGAUGAAAAUGGAAACCAUCCUCAAUUCAAGAACGUGGUGGCAAAAGCCAGGGUACUUUGCGCACCCGAAUGAAACAAAUUACGUACCUCACUUGGAGCGAAACCACUAAGACCCGGCCUGGAACAAAAAGGCGGUGACUUAAACAUUUUGAUCAGGUUAACCCCGAGUAGUCUGGAUACUGAUAUCUUGGGUUGUGGCGUCCCAUCUCUAUCCAUACAACCUAGUUUGAUAUCGGGAUCCAAGACGCGCACAACAGAUACGGGAUGGUAAAGAAAGCACCCAAUAGGUCCAGCAGAGCCGCCUAAUAAUU